AACAUCUAUUCAUUGUUAGAAAUGGAAUUUUAGAAGUGGCAGAUGAUGACUCACCAUUGAAGACAUUUAUCAGGAUAAACACUGCAGAUUUGAUACCAGACCCAUCUAGUGCAUUUGACAUCUCCGAUACAAAUGAACAAGAAGACAAUUUGAGGCUAGGAAGUACUGAUAAAAGCACUGAAGUAAUUUAUAGCAGAGAAGAAAAGAAAGAAAAAAAUGUUGAGAGGUCGAGUUCUCCAAUUGAAGGCAAAAACGAACAGAAAGAAGAGAAAAUCGAAAUGUCUAGGUCACUAACUGAAGGAAAAGAAGAAGAGAAUAGAGUAGAAAUAAUGGCCAGUGCUCUCUCCUCAGAGGCACAAGCAAUGGUUAAGGAUGGACUUUUUGAAAAAAUCUUGUCUGAAAUAGAAAAGUUACCAACAGUAAGCAUGUUGGACUUUGCUGGGCAAUUAGCAUAUUAUGCUUGCCACCAAAUUUAUGUAACACCAAAGGCCUUCUUCAUCCUUGUGUUGGACAUGACCAGGAGGUUUGAAGAUGUUGUCAGUAAAGAGAAAGAUAACCAGGAAGGAUCAAUCUUCUCUGUUUGGACUUAUAAAGCAGUCUUCAUUAUGGGAAGAGAAGUGGAGAGUUUUCCUGAACUUCUGAUAUUCGUCACACUGUGA